GCCGGCUGUUUGCGGGUAGGAGGAGCCGCAACCGCCGACCACUGCGGGGAUGGCACCACCGAAAACAUCUUCCCGAAUAGAGCCGGUCGCCAGCACAGACGAGGGGCAAGCGGAAGGUUCAGGGUCGAACACGAGAGUGGCAUCACUGCAGCAAACAACAAUCAAGAGACCACCCAACAACGCACAGAAGAAGCUGGAUAUUGCGUGGGCGGAGGCGAUGUUCCGUGCUGGCAUUGCGUUUAACUUCCUGAAAUUCGACACGACGCAGAAGCUCCACGAAGUUUACUUGGAAGUGGCGAGUGCUCGACUGAACGUCAAGCUGCCCUCGUACAACCAUAUGAGGACGGUGAUGCUUGACUUCAUCUACUUGCGAAUUCAAAAGCAAGUGAAUCCUCUGACAGCAUGUUGGGAUGAAUCAGGCUGUACAUUCAUCACGGAUGGGUCAACCGACCGUCGAGAGCGCCCUGUCAUGAACUUCUUGGCAGCGGGGGAGAAGGGUGCGGUUCUGGUGGCCACAAUGUCAAUGACGGCAAGGAAGAAAACAGCGCAAGCGUUGGCAAGGUUGUGGGAGAAGAUCAUGAGGGAGAUUGGGGUGCAUCGCAUCAACGUGAUCUGCACUGACAAUGCCGAGGUGAACAAGAAGGCCGCUCAGAUUCAGGAGCGCCGCACUGACAAGGACAUUGCAAGGAUUCCAUGGGUUCCUUGCGCUGCGCAUUUCCGGUUCGGGUCCGUGUACAUGAUGUUGGAGAGGCUUCUGGACAGGAAGGCAGUGUUGUCGGAUAUGGUGGAUCGAAAAAAUGCAGCAAGGUGGACGGGGAUCCGUUGGUCCACUGCAAAGUUGAAGGCGAAAGCAGACCUGGUUUACUUCACCAUGAGGAGAGACGGCUGGUGGACGGAGUUGAAGAAGGUGGUUGAUGUCAUGGAACCGUUGUACAACCUUCUCAAGAGGAUGGAUCGGGAUGGAACAUCGCCGACCAACCUUGUCGAAUACGACGACAUGAUUAAGAGGAAACUGCCUCACGUCGUUCUCACUGAGGAGCAGCAGGCAACCGUCAUGGAGAAAGUGAGAGAUCGGGUGAUGCGGCAGCCAGUACAUGCACUGACGUUCCUUCUCGACCCGCGCAGGAGAAAUCCACGGUGGCUGUAUGAUCGGGACAGUGCCAUUGUGCAGAACGCGAUGUGUUACCUGCAGAGACAGGUUGGAGGUCCUUGGAAAGGGCGCGACCACCUUGAGGUUUUGGGGGACCUGCACAAGUUUCACAAGGAGCCCACGCCGAACGGGCCCAAGAGAAAGAACAAGAAGAUGUGGGAGCCCGAUGCGAAGGUUGAUUGUGAGAAACUCACACCGUCAGAGUGGUUGGCGACUUAUGGUGGCGAUGUCCCCGACUUGCAGGCCAUUGCCAUCAAAGUGAUGGGCAUGUGGAGUACAGCAACCCCGGCUGAGAGGAAUUGGUCGUCCAUGGACUUCGUGCAUUCGAAAAGGAGGAACAGCUUGAAGCCCGAAACAUUGGAGAAGUUGGUGUACAUCCAUUGGAACAUGCAACUGCUGCGUGCUGCCAACAACGGCGGUGUCAACGGCGAGGGCUACGUUGAUUUGUGGAGUUCGUUCUUCGAGGCUAUUCCAGAGCCAGAUGAGAACGAUGGAUCUGUCUUGAGGGGCCCUCAGGACGAAACCGAGAAGACAGAUGAGGAGCUGGUGCGGCAAAGUAGCUUCGUGAAGACGACGAAGGGAAGGAUUCCAAAGAAGCUCGAGGACGAAGAGGAAGAGCGCACCGACGACAGUGACUUGGAUGAUGAGUUGUGGAAGGGGAAGUGCGGAUUGUUGGAUGAGACGAGCGGAGCGGAGGAGGAGGACGAAAGUGAUUCCAAUUUUGAGUUGGCACCCCAGCCAUCGGUCCCGGGGACUACUUAUGUUGGUAGGAGAGAACCUGCAGAGCGUCGGAGGGAGAGGCAGCCAGCGGUCUCGACACAGGCCCGGAGGGAAAGCUCCUCCCAAUACCAUCCUCAGUCUGACGUCGAGUUCCAUCACAUGGACACGGACAUCGAGUUGCUGCUGCAAAGUGGUUCGGUUGACGAAGACGAGGUGGAGGCUGACCGCGCAAAGGCAUUAGCAGAUCGUGAUAGAGACGCCGUCCAAAAACGGAUCAUGGAAGAAGAGGCCCGAUGCGCAGCAAUCCCAACCCGGAGGGAGAUUGAGAGACGCUUGAAGAAAGUUGGGGAGAAGGAACCAGAGACACGUCGGGCAUUGGACGCUGUGCAAGAGGGAGAUGAGGAAGAGCAACCGCAAAGUGGACCGGUUUUGAAGGAGGUGGAGAAGGAGCACGGAGAGGAGGACGAGGAGAUGGAGCAUGAAGAGGACGAGGAGGGGAUGGAGAGUGAAGGAGUGGAGAAGGCCAUGGAACAGCAAGAAGACGCGGAGGGCACAGAUGAACAGGACACGCAGUACAACAUGGAUGACGAGGACGGUGAAGAGGAGCACCGGCCUGCACUGAAGGCUGUGUACACACGUAAGCAACGACCAGUUGCGUCCGCACAGUCUGUCGAGAACGCACCCGACUUCGCUCCAAGUAAUGAGGCUGUCCAACAUGACAACCUGUGGGUGAGCAGGGUGGGGAGGAAGAGGAACCGGCGGAGGAUGCUGCUGCGAAGCCUAAGCGUGCUCGGGGCCGGCCCCGCAAGCUGAAGACCGCUGAGCCCGGUGCAAAAAAAAAAAAAAAAACAUUCGGCAGCGCAAGGCUCG